AUGGAUAAACACUCCCAAGAGAAACGGAGAAAAGUCCGCAAGGGCACAAGGAGCUGCUGGGAAUGCAAGCGGCGCAAGGUUCGCUGUAUCUUCAGCUCCUCCUCCAAUACCAUCUGCAAUAACUGCAGGCGACGGGGAUCUACAUGCAUCAGUCAGGAGCUCCCAGGCAGCCCUAUAUCUACAAGCAAAGACUUGGUCGAUGCUCGACUCGACCGAGUGCCGUCUCUAGCCAACAAUAUCCCCGGGGGCCCGCAUGAGAGCAUAAACCGCGACCUUUUCGCGGCCUGGCCCAGCCAGAGGGAGCUCAACCAUAUCUACAAUCUCCCUGUUGGCAUAUCGGUAUAUAUGAACUAUGAAAUCUGGGUCCCUAAUUCCCUCUCCACAGACGACAGCCUACCGACUCCCCAAGAGAUGCUUCAAUUACCAGCACCAAACUCCCACCCCGUCCUAAUAGCACGCAAACUCCUUACCCUCGCCAUCUUCCUCCAAGGCAUCUCUCCACCGUCCAUCAAAAGCUCAUCUGACCUAUCCAUCUCCCACCACAACAUAAUGACCCGCGCCGUCACCCGCGCCACCAGACUAGUAACCACAAACGACGAACUCACUCCCUCCAUCGAAGGCCUGCAAUGCAUCAUGCUGGAAGCCCAAUACCAAAACUACGCUGGAAACCUCCAUCAGGCAUGGCUAGCCACCCGCCGAGCCACAGCCAUCGCACAAAUGCUGUCGCUCCACCGAGGGCUUCCCACAUCAUCCCUAAAGACUCUCGAUCCAGCUAUACGCGACAAACUAGACCCAGAUUACCUGUGUUUCCGCCUCAUCGAAAUGGACCACUACCUCUCCCUCAUGCUCGGCCUACCACCUACCAAUCUCGAAGCACGGUGCCUCUCCCCAAAAUCCUUAGAAACAUGCACACCCCAAGACUGCAUGCACCGCAUGCACUGCAUUAUAGCAGGCCGUAUCCUCCACCGUACUGAAGCAGAUAUCAACAAUAUCUCCCUUACGAACGACAUCGACCAAACGCUCCAAAACACAGCCGCCCAGAUGCCUCCUCAGUGGUGGCUCACCCCAGACCUAACACCCAACCAAACCAAAACCACCAUCAUCCAGAAUACCCUCCGUCUGAACGCCCAUUUCACGCACUACCAACUCCUCCUCCGUCUACACCUUCCCCACAUGCUCCGCUCAUCCCAAGAUACUGCAGUGUACGACCGAAGCAAACUCACCAUCAUAACCGUAAGCCGGGAGAUACUGGCCCGGUAUAUCGCUUUCCGUGCCUCGAAUCCAGCGCAUUAUUACUGUCGUGGUGUGGAUUUCAUUGCCUUUGUGGCGAUGACUGUGCUUUGUAUUUCGCAUAUCGACUCGUUCAGUAAUAUGCAGCCUGGGAAGGGAACGAUAGUCAGUUUCCUCGGACAUAGUCGACCAAGUGAUCGCGGGAUUAUGGAACGGACACUUUCUAUUAUUGAAGAUAUGGUAACGUCGGGUUCUGGAACGGAUGAAAUUGCGGGGAAAUUGGCGGGUAUAAUGAGGCAUUUAUUGGGGGUGGAGGAGAGUGCUGCUGGGGGCGUUGGGUAUGUGGCUAGGGAGAAUAUGGGUGAGGAUGGGAAGGGAGGAGGGGAGUAUGAUGGGAGGGUCGAAGAUGGGGGGAGGAGUUUACAUGUAUAUAUCCCGUAUUAUGGGACGAUUGGGUUUGAGAGGUUUGAAGGCAUGGAUAGCAUUGGGGUGGGAGAGUGUGGUGGUGAGGAGUGGGAUUUACAUGCGGUGGAUGUGGCGCUAUUCAAUAGUUUAUUUGGAGACAUGGUGGUUCCUGAUGUUGGGGAGGAGAGGUGGGAAGAAUGGGUUGGUGUAUAG